AUGGACGGCGAGAAUUUAUCUGUCUUUUUUGAGGAUACUGAGUUUGGUACUGAAGCCAACCUAGGCGGGGGCUGCACGGCAUCUCCAGACGAUAUUUUCAGUAUUCUUGAAGCUUUAGACGGGGUUUCAGACUUUAAUCCAGUAAAUGAAGUGGGAAUGUUGGUUUCUCAAAAAUCUAAUUCUUCAAGUGUUUUUCAAGAAUCUGAAACUGAAUUUGAGGUUUCACCAAAAUGCAAGAAACAGAAGGUCAUUGCAACAGUUUCGAUGGAAGUGGACAUUGAUGGACAACAAAGAGUUUCUCAUAUAACAGUGGAGAGGAACAGAAGGAAGCAGAUGAAUUAG